UGUGGGCGGCGCGGCGGCAGUCGCCGCCGCCAGCGGAAGGCAGGGCGUUGCGGCGCGGCCGGGGCGGGUGAGGCCGAGCGGACGGGGGGCGCGCGCCCCCGGCGGCCACUCCCCUCCCCCGGGGCCUGCACGGGGGAGGCGGAGGAUGGAAACACCCUUCUACAGCGAUGAGGCGCUGAGCGGCCUGGGCGGCGGCGGCGGCGCCAGCGGCGGCGGCAACUUCACGUCCUCGGGCCGCCUGUUCCCCGGGGCGCCCCCGACGGCGGCCGGCAGCACCAUGAUGAAGAAGGACGCGUUGACGCUGGGGCUGAGCGAGCAGGUGGCCGCGGCGCUGAAGCCCGCGGCUGCACCGCCCCCGGCCCCCCUGCGCGCUGACGGCACCCCCGGCGCGGCGCCCCCCGACGGCCUGCUCGCCUCGCCGGACCUGGGGCUGCUCAAGCUCGCCUCGCCCGAGCUCGAGCGCCUCAUCAUCCAGUCCAACGGGCUGGUGACCACCACGCCGACCAGCACGCAGUUCCUCUACCCCAAGGUGGCGGCCAGCGAGGAGCAGGAGUUCGCCGAGGGCUUCGUCAAGGCCCUGGAGGACCUGCACAAGCAGAACCAGCUGGGCGCGGGAGCCGCGGCCGUGGCCGCCGCCGCUGCCGCCGGGGGACCCUCGGGGCCGGCCGCGCCCCCCGCGGCCCCCGGCGAGCUGGCCCCGGCCGCGCCCGCUCCGGAGGCGCCCGUCUACGCGAACCUGAGCAGCUACGCGGGCGGUGCCGGGGCGGCGGGGGGCACCGCGACGGUCGCCUUCGCCGCCGAGCCCGUGCCCUUCCCGCCGCCACCCCCGGGCGCGCUGGGGCCGCCGCCGCCGCGCCUGGCCGCGCUCAAGGACGAGCCGCAGACGGUGCCCGACGUGCCGAGCUUCGGCGAGAGCCCGCCGCUGUCCCCCAUCGACAUGGACACGCAGGAGCGCAUCAAGGCGGAGCGCAAGCGGCUGCGCAACCGCAUCGCCGCCUCCAAGUGCCGCAAGCGCAAGCUGGAGCGCAUCUCACGCCUGGAGGAGAAGGUGAAGACGCUCAAGAGCCAGAACACGGAGCUGGCUUCCACCGCCAGCCUCCUGCGCGAGCAGGUGGCGCAGCUCAAGCAGAAGGUCCUCAGCCACGUCAACAGCGGCUGCCAGCUGCUGCCCCAGCACCAGGUGCCCGCGUACUGAGCCCGCGCGCGGGGCGCAUGCGCGGCCCCCCACCCGCAGGGGCGGGCUCGGGGGCGGGGGGCGCGGGUGCCCCGGGCCCCCGGAGGACGUCCAGGACUUGGAGAGGGCGCGGCCCCGGGAGCCUCCCUUGGGGGGCGCCCCGGACUCGGAAAGGGCGCCCCGGAUUCGACAAGCUGGCCCCCCACUGCCCUCCGGGGGGCGAGCGCAUGACCCCUCUGCCCUGGCGCUGCGCACCCCCGCGCUCCCCGCCGCCUGGGCCGCCUCGCUGCGGAGGGGGCUCCGCGGGGGUGCAGCCUGAGCUCCGCGAUUCCUUUUCUUCUCCUUGUUUUUCUUUUUUUUUUUUUUUUGCCUCUGGAAGAGAGAAAAGAGUGUCCGGUUCUGCCCUAUUUAUGUUUCUAUUCGGGAACAAACGUCGGUUGUGUGCGUGUGUGGUUUUUUUUGUGUUGGUUUUUUUUAAAGAAAUGGGAAGAAGAAAAAAAAAAAACACCCUCUCCCCUCUCUCGCCCCCCCAAUCAUCUCCCCCUCCCCGCCCCCUCUCUUUUUGUUCUGGAUCUUUUGUUGUUGUUUUGCUACGAGGCCGCAUUCCUGUACGUAAUCCUUGGUUCGCCCGGUUUUCUGUUUUCAGUAAAGUCUUCUUACGCCA